AAUACUGCAUUCGAUUUCUUUUUUUGCUCCGUGCGAGUUCGUUCCUGCGAAAAUUUGAGGUAAAAAAUUUUCACAGCAGUCCGCCAUCUUUAACAGAGAUAUAGCUUGGCAGCAAGCCGUGUAAUUAGUAAUUAUAGUGCAAUAACUAGCAACUAAAUUAUCGCCGUUGCAAGUCCCUGUUUUAUGUAAUUUGCUCGCUUAAAAACCCAAACACACACAUCCCAAAAAAUCCCCACCACUUAACCCAAUAGUAGCUCAUCAGAAUUAUGGUCAGCGUUAAAGUCAACGGAAACCAGCAGCAACAGCAGCACCAUCGUUCAGCAACCUCGAGUAGCGCCAACAAUCUCAAGGCCAACAUCAAUAUGGCAUUCCGUGGAAACCAGAACCGUAACCGCAACUUUGGUGGCGGCGGCGGCGGCGGCGGUGGUGGCGGCAACAACUAUGGCGGACCCAUGGGCGCCAACCGAAUGGGCGGCAUGAACAUGUCACCCUGGGAGUCGCAGAACCCCGGCGGUGGACAGUUUGGCAACAAUAUGCGCCAGGGCGGCGGACAGAUGAACGCCCAGGCCAUCAAUUUGGCCAACAAUCUGCUGAACAAUCUGUUCAGGAACCAGAACCCACCCUCGCUGCUGGACUUGCCGCGCGGCGGCGGUGGCAUGGGAAAUCGUAAUCAGCGUGGCGGCCCGAUGGUCAGUCGCGGCGGCGGUGCAGGCAAUCGUCUCAAUAAUCGUCGUGGCCAGGGAGGCUUCCAGAAUCGUGGCGCCACUGGUGGUGGCAGUGGUGGUCCCAAGCCCCCGCAAAAGCAGGGCGGCGGCGGUAUUCGCAAGCAAAAUGCUUUUGAUCGUGCCAAGAAACUUUUGGCCAAAAAUGCCAACCAAAAUAAAAAGAAGGAACCUACUCCUGGCGAAAAGAAAAUCGAGAGCCCCACCAAGGACUCGCCGUAUGCCAGCGUGCCUAAUGACAUGUUCUACUGUCAUCUGUGCAAGAAGCACAUGUGGGACGCCAACUCGUUCGAGAAUCACAUCAAGGGACGCACCCAUCUGAUGAUGCGCGAGGGCAUUGAGGAGAGCUAUCGCCUGAAGGCGAACAUGAUCCGACAGGAGGCCAAGAUCGCCGAGCAGCUCAAGUCGAUUGAGUUCGAUCGCCUGAAGCGCAUGGGCAAGAGCAAGCAGCGCCAGCUGGACUACUGCACCAUGUGCGAUCUGAACUUCCACGGCCACAUCUCGACCCAUCGCAAGUCGGAGGGACAUCUGCAGCUGAAGAAGUUCCUGCACCCCAAGUGCAUCGAGUGCAACAAGGAGUUCGCCACUCGCAUCGAUUUCGACACCCAUCUGCUCUCCGCCGAGCAUCUGAAGAAGGCCGCCGAGAGCAACACCAAGGUGGGCGAGCGCAAGCGUCAGACUUUGCCGAUCAGCACCGAGGAGGAGGAGACGCGCGAUCUGCGUCUGCCCCAGAAGCGCAAGAAGAAGCCCGUGAAGAAGGAGGGUGAGGCCGAGAUCAAGAAGGAGCCUGGUGCCGAAGGUGAGACAGCCGAAGGCGAGGAGGCCGAGGGUGAGGAGCCCAAGGAGGGCGAGGAAGCCGCCGACGAUACCAAGGAGGGUGAGGAGCUCAACGAGGGCGAGGAGGAGGAGGAGGUCGCUUUGCCCGUCGACCCCGAGGACUGCAUCGUCGACUUCCUAGACGGCGACGAGAUCCCCAGCGAGGUGGACCUCCGCCUGCCCAAAUACAACUGGCAGCGUGCCGUCGGCGCCGGCCUCAUCUCGAAGCUAGAGUGCUUCGAAUGCUCUGUAUGCAGCAAAUUCUUCGACACCGAGGUGACCGCCGAGAUCCACUCUCGCACGGCCACCCAUCACCGCAACUUCCUCAAGUUCAUCAACGAGAAGUCCAGCGACACUAAGAUCGCCCAGAAGCGCGCUGCCGCCGCCCUGGAGGAGACCGAGCGUAAGAAGCGCAAGAUCGAGGAGGCUGAGGCCCCCGCCGCCGAGGGCACCGCUGCCGAGGGAGAGACCACCGAGGGUGGCGAAGGCGAGCUGUACGACCCAUCAGAGGCCACUGGCGAUGAUGAGGACUUCGAGAUGGUCGAGGCCAACCCCGAAGGCGGUGAGGGCGAGGGUGAAGGUGAUGAAGAGGGUGCCGAGGGCGAGGAUGGCCAAGGCGAGGACAACGGCGAGGAGGAGAUGGAGGCCCAGGACGAAGAGGAGGCCAAUGAAGAUCAGGAAGUCGAGCCAGAACCAGAGCCUGCAGCUCCAACCGCAGCACCGGCCACGCCUGCCGCCAAACCAGAGCCUGCCAAGACUCCGGUCAAGGCUGCUGCUCCGGCCGCCGCCGCCGCUGCUGCUGCUACGUCUGCUUCACCUGCACCAGCAGGCACCCCAGACGCAUCCCCAUCGCCGGCCAAGAAGGCCACUCCCGCCAGGGCCGCCGCCGGCCCCAAGGCAACGCCGCAGCGUCAGCGCGCUCGGGGCCGCUACAACCGGUACUAGGCAGAGGAUAUGAAAGAUCGAUCGCUUAAUGAGGAUCGGAUCAGAUCGAGGAGAGUUAAACAUAAUUUAACAUAAUCUUUAUCUAUAUACAAGUAACCGGAAGGAAGCAGCAAACACUCCAUCGCAUGGAACGAUCAGCCCCGUCAUCGCUCACUCCCUCCUACACACACACACACAUACACUUUUGACAUUUUCAUAGCAUUUUGCACAAAGAAAAAUGGGAGAAUGAAGAACAAAGAAUGAAUGCAUAAGAAAUUCAAAAUGAGAGAAUACUUUUCCAAUCAUCCGGAGAGAUGAAACAAUUGAAGACAUUGUAAUUGAAGACGAACUUCUGUCGGGGAAAGAAGACAGACAACUUGAUUGAUUGAUAUUGAUUUUCGCAUUAACUGAAGCUCAAGUCCCCCCCGACCGAGCGUCCCGUCCCCGACCCUCUACAAUGCAUAACAAACAAUCCAACAAACCAUUCAAAAUAUGUAAUCAUAAAAAUUUUAAAAUAAACAAAAAGAAAACAAACGUA